UUUACAACACAAUAGUGGGUUGAUUUGAUUUCGUUUGGCUUGUGGGUACUUUCAUCAUUUUUUGUAACGCUUCUUUACAACCAACUGUCAGCUAAAAAGAGCAUGUUUCUGCCAAGUGUCUUGGUUGCUAAAUAUGACCAUAUAAAUACUUAACCCACCGACACCAUUACUGCAACUUAACUCAUUCUGAGAUCAAUCUUCUAAGCCACUGAUCAUAUCAAUAUCAUAUAUAUCAUGAGAGGAGCUGGAGAAGAGACAAUGGCGUGGAGGUACUUAAGCAGAGAUGUUGUCCCGUUUGCUGCGAUGUUUACGGCGGAGUGUGCCAUUGUUGGGUCCAACACUCUGUUCAAGGCUGCCACUUUGAGAGGAUUGAGCUUCUAUGUCUUUGUCUUUUACUCUUAUCUUGUUUCAACACUUCUUCUUCUUCCAUUAUCCUUCAUCUUUGGAAGGUCAAAAAGAUUGCCUCCAUCCAAGUCUCCUCUCUUCUUCAAGAUUUUAUUAGUUGGGUUUCUCGGCUUCAUAUCGCAGAUAGCUGGAUGUAAAGGAAUAGAAUAUAGCUCUCCUACUCUUUCUUCUGCUAUCAGCAACCUCACACCAGCUUUCACAUUCACCCUUGCUGUUAUCUUCAGGAUGGAACAAGUGAGGUUAAGGAGCUCUGGGACUCAGGCUAAGAUCAUUGGUGCAGUAAUAUCUAUAUCUGGUGCUCUGGUUAUUGUGCUCUAUAAAGGCCCAAAGGUUCUUGCUGCUGCGUCUUUUACAUCUUCAUCACCUCCUACCAUUUCACUUCACCAGCAGCAGAUGACUUCAUUCGAGUCAAGCUGGAUUAUCGGAGGCCUUUUGCUUGCUUCACAGUAUUUUCUUAUAUCAAUCAUGUAUAUUCUUCAGACGCGGAUCAUGGAAGCAUACCCUGAAGAAAUAAGAGUAGUCUUCUUCUAUAACUUAAUUGCAACGCUUAUCUCUGCACCAGUGUGUUUCUUUGCGGAAACCGACUUGACUUCUUGGGUGCUUAAACCAGAUAUGUCCCUGGCUGCAAUCAUAUACUCGGGAGUCUUUGUUUCAUUGUUCAGCGCACUUACCCACACUUGGGGUCUGCAUCUGAAGGGUCCGGUCUAUGUAUCUUUGUUUAGGCCAUUGUCUAUUGCUAUUGCAGUUACCAUGGGUGCUUUAUUCCUAGGCGCUGCACUUCACCUUGGGAGUGUCAUCGGAUCAGUGAUUUUGUGCUUUGGAUUCUACACUGUGAUGUGGGGCAAAGCAAGAGAGAAUUCAACCAAAGCUGUUGCUGGUUUUGAGAACUCACCUUUUCUGCUUACACACGUCGUUGAAGACGAACACUUGUUAGUAAGAUAUGACUGAUGCAAGUGAUAAUCCUUAUGUUAUUAAUUUGUAAAAAAAAAAGUUUUCAGUAAUCCAAAAAUCAUACUCCCUCUGUUUAUAACAAGUGUCUCUUUA